AUGUCUCUAAGAACAGUUCAAGUCAGCAAACCUACCGCCGCCAUCGAAGUGACCACCUCUGACGAACCCGGUACCGAUAAACUCCUCCUGGCAACAGCAUCGAACGGAAAUGUUCUCGACAAUGGUCUCCAACGUGGUCUCAAAUCCCGCCACAUAACAAUGAUAUCGUUCGGCGGCGUCGUCGGCGCUAGCAUUUGGUAUGGUGUCGGUUUCGCAGUAGCGUACAGCGGUCCCGUCGGCGCCUUGAUCUGCUUUGCAAUAAUCGGCAUCGACGUCUUCUUCGUAAUGCAAUGUCUAGGAGAAAUUACGACUCUCUUUCCUGUUCAGGGGGCUUUCCUGGAAUUGGCAGGGAGGUUCGUGGAUGAUAGUUUGGCUUUUUCUCUUGGAUGGAAUUAUUGGUAUCUUUGGGUUACCAACAUUGCUGCUGAUUUCAACGCCUCUUCAAUCAUCAUGUCCUACUGGACUACAGCCGUACCAAGUUAUGGCUGGAUCCUCAUCUGGUGGGUCUUCUAUCAAUGCACUUCCCUCCUAGGAGUAGUGGUCUGGGGAGAAAUGGAAUUCUACCUUGCGUGCUGGAAACUCAUGUGCAUUCUCGGAGGCUUCCUCUGCGCGAUCCUGAUCAACACUGGUGCGGUUGGAGGCAACUACAUUGGCUUUCGAUAUUGGUCCGACCCGGGUCCUAUUGCGAACGGUAUCAAUGGAUUUGGGCAGUGCUUCCUCCUCGCGGCCGUGUACUAUUGUGGUACAGAAAUGUUGGCGCUCACUGCUGCAGAAAGCAAGAAUCCCAUGCGUGAUUUGCCAAAGGCUAUCAAGCAGACUUUUUGGCGGAUUCUAAUCAUCUUCAUGGGCCUCGUCUUCUUUGCCGGCAUAAUAGUCCCGUACAACGAUCCCUCUCUCCUCACCGCGGAGAGCAAAUCAGGAAGAUCACCCUGGACCAUCGCCUUCACUAACGCCGGAGUUCCUCAAAUGGGCCACGUGGUGAAUGUAGUCAUGAUAACCGCCCAGCUCUCGUCUAUGAACUCGGCUCUAUAUGUCGCUUCACGCAGUCUUGUAUCUUUGGCAUCUUCGGGUCGAGCACCAGCAAUCUUUGCAAAGACGACCGCGAACGGCACUCCAGUCUACGCAUUGGUAUUUUCCAACGCGCUCGGCUUGAUCGCCAUGUUGAACUAUACGGUUGGGACUGGCAAGAUCUUCACCUAUCUCACAAACAUUACUGGAUCUGCAACAUACAUUGCUUGGGCAUGUAUCGGAGUCGUGCAUUUGAGGUUCCGUCGGGCCUGGAAGGUUCAAGGCUACACGAUCGAGGAACUGCCUUUCAAGGCAUUUCUCUAUCCAUAUGGAACGAUGUUUGUCAUCGUCUUGAAUACGUUCCUGGUCAUUGUGGCUGGGUAUGCGAAUUUCGUUGGAGCGUUCCAUGUGGUGGACUUUGUGAUCAACUACAUUGUUAUUGUGGUGUUUGUGGUCUUGUAUGUGGGCUGGAAGGUGAUAAAGAGGACUCGAUUUGUGCCGCUGGCGGAAGUGGAUCUUUUGACGGGCAGACGAGAGGGAUUGAUGUAUCAGCAGGAGAUGGAAGAAGAUGAGAGAGUGGGUUGGUUUGCUGCUGCGAAGAAAGUCGUCUCCAGACGGUGA